UCCGUGAGAAAGGUGUCAAAAACUACGGCAGUCUUCGCUUAUAAAAGCUGCCUAUUGAGUGAGGUACUCUUACAAACCAGAAGCUUGAGGCCUAUCUGUUCAUAUUUUGGGCGUCGCGACGUCAACAUAAUUGACGCUUCUCGCGGGAAAAAGGCUCUUGUUCCCGCCAUCAAACAGUUGAGCAAGGAUUUCUCAUCAAGAAAGAAAUGCUGAAAUUUUUGGCUCUUAAGUUGAAGAACCAAUCCAUCAAUGAAGUCAAGCCUUUAGAACCACAGUUACUUUUACAAGAUGAGUCCGACGUAGAGGGAAGUACAGACGAGGACGACGAAUUAAAAGAGAUAAACGGAGCGCUGGCCGACAAACCUUUGAAUAACAACUAUGUGCAAGAUGAACCGCUGAAGAUCAAAGCGACAGCUUUCGCAGGACUUGAAGAGGAAGCGGCGAAAGAAAAUAUAUUCACAGAGAGAGACUCAAAGGGGGACAACAGAGGCAGUUUCUUGCCGAUCGAUAUUCCUCUAAGGGAAAGUGGUGCACCGGAAAAGCGAAAGUGGUCUCAAGUAAAUGCUCACAAACUAUUGCAACAGUUUGCCUCUGGAAACGAUAGUUCAUCAAGCGAUGACGAAAUUAAAGAACUGUGCGGUAAAAGUAGUGGACCACUUGUUCUCAGCUCAAGUCCACCUGGCAAGGUGACUGUUCUGUCGAAACAUUCUGCAUUUUCGUCACGAGUGCGGCCCACUACAUUCACAAGUGAAGGACACUCGAGGAAAAAACACCGUCUUGUUUUCGCCGAAGACAAGGGAUAUUCAUCAAGACCAUCAUUAAAUUUCGAGAAAAUGCAACAGAAAUCUGUCUUCAUAAAGAAGCACACUCAUGGAGUGUCAAGACCCAGACCAGUUAGAGUAAGGGGUAUUCCAAGUGCAAGACAUGGUCGCAUCUAUGAUCCAGCAGUAUUGUCCUUCAAGCCUAUACAGAUGAACCCAUCAUUUAGUCUUGCACCUGUUGAAGAACCUGGCUUUGCCUAUUAAAAUGCCUAAGUUGACGUCUUGGUGAGAUUUUGUGGCAGAGUACUGCGUGAUUAACACAGAUGUGGAUGCGUGUAGUUUUUGAGUUUUCAUGUGUUUUGUGCAGCUCUUCAACAUAACUGAAUCAUUUUGAUGCAGCUAGAGAGUCUUGUGUGUCUCAUCGCCUCUCCUUUGUUCACCACUGACUACUUGCAGUUUGUACAAGUUGGGGAUCUUGAGGUUAAAGAUAUUCAUUUAUCAGAGUGUUGAUAUUGGGAUUUUUUGAAUCAUCGUAAAGACAAAAAAAAAAAUUCAACGCCCAUGUUUUCAGGGCUCAUCAUUAGACAUUACUCCAUUAUUUGGAGCAUUUAGAUAAAUAUAAUUUUUAAAGACAUGUAUAAAUUCAGGUUUCCACCCAGUAGUUGUCAUUUAACAGUCACUAAACUCUGUCCAGGGUAAUAUCAAAAGAGAAAAAGGGUAUGAACAGAGCCUUUAAAAAUUACCCUUAUUAUUGCUACACUGCAAAUUCAGGUUUGUUAGGAAUUUACCUUUCCUGAGUAAAUCUGCUUGAUUUUCUUUCACAGGAAAUAAGCAGUUGUAAACAUGCCCUUUUUUUUUCUUUGUUGUUCUUCUUCCCACCAAAACUUUAAAAAGAUCUUUGUGAAUUUUUCAAACACAUCUUCAAACUACAUUAAAUCUAUUUUAACCGGCAGAAAUUUGAUGAGGAGCACUGUGAAUAUCUCCCAAGAUUAAAUUUACAAUUCCUGGUAUUAAGGUUUUGAGAUUUUAACAGCUGGUCAUCGUAAGAGUAUCUCCUGAAAACUUAAAAAUUGCUUGCUUUUGCUGAAGGUAACUCAGCACACAGCUGGUUAGGGGUUUCGUUGUUAUGUCAAUGGAAGGAAGCAGGCUUCUUUCUCCUUCUGUGAGGGAAUUUGAAAACAUCAACCUACUUAAACCAGUUGUAAUACUUGUACAAUACUAGUUACGAUUACCAAAAAAUUUAUUGAUAGUUUACACUUAGAUACAAGUGGAAAAGGUUGAUUUUUUCCUUUCACAAAAGGAAACUGCAUAACAAAGAAGACAUCAUUAGAUCAUUUGCUAGGAUGAUAAGAUUAGGAAAGAGAGAGUCGCUUGGAGACAGAAAUGAAUAUGUCAAGCAUAAAUUUCAGUUAAUUCCGAGCAGUUAAUAUCAUUAGCAUAAAAACUAAGCUGGGUAUCAUAAGGGGGCAGGUCCACUAGGACCUUUAGAAAGGUUGGAAUUUAUCUUUCAUAUUCUUAACAUGUUGAUUGAGCUUUCUUGAUUACAAAGCUUGGAGAAUCAUUUAUUCUUACUGAACCAGUAUUAUGUCUUUAUAAUUUUCUGUACCUAUUCAGGCACGUGAACAUGAGUGAUUAUUCAAACAGUAUUUUGUAGUGUUACUUACACAUUAUAUUUUUAAUGUAUGAUUUCUGUGAAAGUCUGAUCAAACAGUCAGUAUUCUAAUAUGGUAACCAACAAAUAUCCACUUGGGUAGAAAUGCCAUUGUAUACCAGAACAGGUGAUUUUCCUGGAAUUCUAGAAGAAAAUUUUUCUUGCAAGUAACUUAGGGCAAUCCAUGUGGUGUUGUUAAGUAAACAUUUAUUCUGUGUAGGUACCACAGCAGUAAAAAGGUGGUUUUGUUUACACAAUUCUUUUAGACCUUGAGAAGUGGGAUGUCAGAGUGUUUUGGAAGUGCUAACAUUUUUUGAGUGGUAGAGGACACCAAUGGCUUUCUCACUAACAACAUCAACAUCCUUAGCAUAUCUUUAUGCAACUGGGUUUUUUUUUUUUUUGGCAAAUUAUGCAUUUUUCUAACUUGCAGUUUUUCUUUUUUCUGUGAUUGCAUUUUCUUUUUCGUUCUAUUCUUGAUUCAAAUUCUUUGCCCCUUGAUUUCAGACACAAUAUUAAACAAAAUGUAUCCAAACCUAUGAAAAGGUAUGGUUUAACUGUGAUUUAAAAUGAACCUCAACCAAAACAUUCCUAGUGAUGAUUUUAUUUGUGUAUUUUCCUGUGAUAGCUGUUCAAACUUGUGUGUGUUGUGAAAAAGCCAUAAUCGGUUUUGAGACUGAGCUUUGUCAUUCAACGGGUAGUUUGUUUAACUGUACACUAAAUAUUUAUCUAGUUAAGUAUAUUUAUACAGAUGUUUGUACAUAUGUAUUUUAUAAUUAUGAAAGAGUUUGUCAGCAAAUAUGUGAGAGAGUUUGAAACUUAGAAAGAGUAUUUAUUCAGACAGAGACAAGCGUUGUAGAACUUUAUACAACACAUAGUUCAAGGCAAGUGUGUGGUUUGUUUGCCUCAAACUUUAAUAAAAAUGUGUUUUUAA